ACCACCUGCCGCAAUCCCUGUUCGCCACCUUGUGAAGUUUUUGCUUCCUUUGUGGAUAUUUCCUCUCCCCGUGGGCUCUUUGUGCUUCCCCCUUGAACGUUAAGAGAACUCCAACGCUUCCAAGGAAAAGAGGUAGAACAAGUGUCCUGUGCACAGCGACGACGCCAUGCCCGGGCCCCCAAACAUCAAGCAGACCCAUGGAACAAAGGCCUGAUGAGGUACCUCACCUGUGGAUUCUUGGGCUUCCUUCAAAAUGCCGUCAAGUCAGAUUCUUCAACCAGUUCUCAAGAUGAAGGUCGACGAGCUCUUCCUCACCUGGUUAAGCGAUCUCAAAACACAGGCGGUGCUCAAAGACUACCUCGAGCUCAUUAAAAACGGGCAUCAAACUGAUUUUAGCAAUGUGGGCAUCAAGGAGAAGUGCACUCUGACCUUCAACCAAAACAACAACGUGGCGUUCCAAAAGACCUUGACAGAGAAGAAGCCAGGCACCUUUAAUGUGUGUUUGAGUCCACCUUGUGCCUCUCCCCUGCCCUCAGGAUGCAGUGGCAGCACUAGGGUGAUGGGACCUCAUGGACGGAUCUUACAGAGGUCUGUCAGCUCCAAAAAGGCGCAGGUGAGGACAGAGGAGCCCGUCAGCCGUGCACCGAGCGAAAGCAUUCCAAAGUUUUACUUCCCGCAAGGUCGGCCCCAAGCCAACGUUAACAUCGACAGCCUCAUUUCCAAAAUUGAGGCGACGUUCUGCCAAUUCCCCAAUGAAAGGGCCACCAUUGAGGACAUGGGGCAGGUUGCCAAGGCCUGCGAGUGUCCCCUCUACUGGAAGGUUCCAUUGUUCUGCUCGGCCGGGGGCGACAGGACGGGCUUCGUGUCUGUGCACAAGUUCGUGGCCAUGUGGCGCAAAACGCUGCAGACCUGUCACGACGAGGCCGCCAAAUUCGUGCACCUCUUGGCCAAGCCUGGCUGUAAUUACCUGGAACAAGAUGACUUUAUUCCCUUCUUGCAGGAUGUGGUCAAUUCUCACGCGGGCCUGGCUUUUCUGAAGGAAGCAGCGGACUUUCACUCCCGAUACAUCACCACGGUGAUCCAAAGGAUAUUUUACACCGUCAACCGCUCGUGGAAUGGAAAAAUCAGUUGUUGUGAACUCCGGAAAAGUAACUUCCUUCAGAAUGUGGCACUGCUCGAGCAAGAAGACGAUGUGAACCAGUUGACAGAGUUCUUUUCCUACGAGCACUUCUACGUCAUCUACUGCAAGUUCUGGGAGUUGGACACCGAUCACGACCUGUACAUCGACCCCAAGGACUUGGCGCAGCACAACGACCAAGCCAUCUCCCAAAAGAUGAUUGAGAGGAUAUUCUCAGGAACAGUCACAAGGGACCGGCGCGUGUUCAAGGAAGGCCGCUUGAGCUACGCGGACUUCGUCUGGUUCCUCAUCUCCGAGGAGGACAAGAAGACGGAAACCAGUAUAGAGUACUGGUUCCGUUGCAUGGACCUGGACGGCGACGGCGUGCUGAGCAUGUACGAGAUGGAGUACUUCUAUGAGGAGCAGUGUCAGAAGCUGGAGAGCAUGGCCAUCGAACCGCUGCCCUUCGAGGACUGCCUCUGCCAGAUGCUCGACCUCGUCAAGCCUCGGGUCGAAGGUAAAAUCACGCUGCGGGACCUGAAGAGGUGCAAGCUGUCGCACAUCUUCUUUGACACCUUCUUCAACAUUGAGAAGUACCUGGACCACGAGCAGCGGGACCCCUUCUCCGUCAUUAGGGAAGUGGAGACGGAUGGACAGGAAGUAACCGACUGGGAGCGAUACGCUGCGGAGGAGUACGACAUCCUGGUGGCGGAAGAGGCUGCCGGGAAUCACUGCGACGAUGACGUGUACGAAACCCCGCUGAGUCCUUUGGAAGCGCACAUCUCGCCUGAUCUGAGCCUGACGAAAAGACACUUCUUCCAGAUACCCUCGCCGCAUUGCAACCUAGACCUGGAUGGCUACGAGUACGAGGACGACUUUGAAUGAGCAAGCGCCGCGCCGCGCCCCCAAUAAACGAGUCUUGAUGUGCUCACAAGCAACUAACGGACCGCCAACUGCGGCUUCUUCUUGCCACUUUUGACUUUUUACACUUAUGACCCGAUGAAGAAGUUGCAGUGUCAUCACCGACUUGACUCUCAACCUUUGUCGCCCAUCCAUUGGCUCACCUUACAUUCCAGUGAUCAAACCGGAAGCUUCUGUACAACAUGUCAAAUUAUUACAUUGGACACUGUGUGCGUGUGUGUGUGUGUGUGUGUGUUGUGCGUUGUGCGUGAGAUGGGUCUUGUAAUUUAUUAGAUGAAUUUAUAAGUAAAUAUAUAUAUUAAUGUGUAAAUAAUGUUUGCUGUGAUGUAAAUGAUUUGGGCAAGUUUGAAGGACAGCGUUUUCUAUGUAAGAAAGUUAAUAAAGUCUCAGUCAUUGACUACAAGCAUACUUGUUUUUUGUUUUUUAUUUAAAUAUGAUACCAUUAAUUAUGUAAGCACCCACCAGGAGCAAUGGUGUGCAGGAAAGAUAACACAGUAGGCCCCUCAAAAUAG